UACAAAUGUACAUCUCUGAUCUCACAGUGACUAAAUAGAAUAACCGACUACAUAACCGGUUCCGUUUUCCGUAUUUGAAAAUGAAUUCGUCGUUCUUCAUCUGCCGUACACGGCACAAUUCCGCUCGUCCCCUCCGCCUCUUUCUGCAGGCAGCAACUCGUAGAAGAUUCUGACUUCAACCUAAUUGGUGAAGGGGUUUUGAAGAAUUGAGAACAUUUUUGGUAUACGAUUCCAUCCAAACAUCAAUUCGAAAAGGAAGUAGAGGGAGGCGGGAGUUUGGUAUGGAUUUGGCAACUGAAAAUAAAAUUGCUGCAAUUCUUUUGAGACAAGCUUCAGAGUUAAGGCGGCAAACCGAUAAAGAGGGUGCACUUGCUUAUCUUUGUAAACCUGCAGUUAGGGGGCGCCCUAAUUCAAGGUUUCUUACAGCAACUGUGCUUGGCAUACAACAAGCUAAUCGAGCCGUUGAAGUAGAUGAGAUGUGGAGAUUAAGACAUAAAGAGUUGGAUGUUGAGAGUAGGAACAAACGUAGAUUGGGGAAUGAGAAUAGCAGUGCAAAUAAUCAAAGGGGUGUUGUGGAAUCUAGGGUCAGUGGUAAGAAGCACAAUGAUGGUGGCUCUGUUUCAAGUGCUUCAUGCUCGUUUAAAAAGAGACACAUCAACAAUCACUAUGCACAGGAGGAGGAAGGCUUGCGGGAUGAUGAAGUUAAUGAAUUUUUGCAUUCAAGAGCGAAGCGGGGAAGGGGGACAAUUGGGUCUCGGAUGGAUGAAACCGGCCCUUACCCUUCUUGUUCAGAUAAUGAAGCAAAACCAUUGGAGGAUCUUGGAUUCAGAGGCCGUUCUAUUGUCGGCCCGGAGAGACCUCUAUGGCUGAACUCCUCAGAGUCUUCAGAUGGUGAUGAUGAUAGGGUAAAAGUAUCGAAGGUCAAACCAAACAAAUGUCAUUGUAGGAAACAAAAAUCUAAGAGAAAAUCAAGAGAGAAGGAUGAAAGGAGAGAUUUGAAGAGACACAAGUUCAACAAGUAAGAUGAUUUGAAGAUGUUAUAAAAAAUACAAUCUUCAGCCAAUGGUCAUUCAUUUAUGAUGUGGACAUAAUAUGACAUCACCCUCCCCCUUUGCCAUAUGGAUGACAUCUGUAUGCUCUUGUUUGUGUAUACACUAUUGUUCUUUUGUUGCAGCUAAAAGAUGUAAUUUACUUUUAUUUGUAGCAGAGAUGUGAUUCCAUGUUCUCUUCUUUAUUUCCAUGGAGCUCUAUGGAUCUUGUUCUUGAAAUUUCAUUCGUUAUCGUUAUGCAUAUAGUACAUAAUAGAGAUGGUGAACAAGUAAUUGGGGGAGCUGCAGCCUACACUCCUAGAGCCCCUAGUGGAUGGUCUUUUUCUUCAAGUGGUUGGGGAAGGUUAAACAAUUUGAAGAUCAGUAUUUAUGGUCUUUCUUUAAAUAAAGACUUGGAGCCUGUUCAGUAGUGGUUGUUUGAUUAAUUGGUCAAGCUGCUUAUUAUGUGUAUUUUCUUGUCAUGUGCAUAACAAGUUGAUUAAUGCAACCAAAUGUGGCCUUAACAUACAAUUAAAUGACAUUGUGGUGCUGCAGCUCUAUAAGCCUCACUGUAGGAUGAUUCUAUAUUUAUAUACUUGACAGCUUGAGAAGGGGGGAAGAGUUAACAUAUGCAUACACUGUUAAACAAAGAGUGAAAAAUCCAGAGAAUGUAAGAGCUCUGCCAUGCUCAGUUAAAGUCUCCUGGGGGCCGUGGCGACGAUUAGGCUUCAUCAGGUGAUGCUAGAUGCCUAGACACACUGUUUAAGCAGGUCUCAGCUCCAACAUUUUUUGGGAUCGGGCGGUCUCGGCUCAGAACCGGGACCGGACCGACCUAGGUCCAUCCGUAUUUGUCCCUCACUGUAGCAUUCAUCUUUAAAAUAGCUGAGCUUUAUACUCCGUAUCAUUUAUGUUUUCAUAUCUAUUAAGUUGAGUAAUUACUCAUUUGAGUGACAUGUACUGAUGUACAAUGCUGGCAGUUACACCGGUUUCAAUUGCAAUGAGAUAAAGAAGA